UGAAGAAUGAAAAACUUUUUGACGUUAAAUCAUCGCGAAAUUUUGUGAUAUUUUCUUUUUAAUAUUUUCCCAAUUUGGUAUUGAAAAAUAUCUUUUCAGUGAAAAAAAAAUUUAUAAAAACACUUGAAGAUAAUUUGUUUGAUAACUUUAAACAAUAUCUUUGACAGUAUAAUGUCGGAAGAAAGUGGAAAUUGUGCAGUUUGUAAAAUCCCUGCUAAGCAAUUUUGUUCGGCAUGUAAAAGUGUUUCCUAUUGCGGUGCUGAACAUCAGAAAGCUCACUGGAAAACACACAAGUCAGAAUGUCGUCCAUUUAAAAUAGCUAAAAGUGAUGAACUCGGUCGGUUUUUAAUAGCAACACGAGACAUUAAGGCUGAUCAAGUGGUGUUUACCGAAGCACCUUUGGUUGUUGGACCUAAAUGGUAUUUGAGUAAAAGUGAUGAAAUGAAUCCAGUGAUGCCUUGUGUUGGAUGUUUUACUCCGUGUCGUGUAGAUGGUUAUCAGUGUCCGAGGUGCAAAUGGCCAGUUUGUUCUCUCACUUGUGCUGGCCUUCAAAAUCCAAAACUCCAUGGAGUCGAAUGUUCAGUUUUGAUGCUUGGUAAUGGACCAGCUAACCGUGACAUCAAAUCACUCAACGAUUACUACCGAAGUGAUUCUCUAUUUGUUCUCAAGUGUUUACUACUUCAAGUACAAAACACAAAAAAGUGGUCAGAAUUGAUGGACAUGCAAAGUCACGAAGAAGAACGUCUAAAUACAGAACUCUAUCAAGAAGCCCAAGACCGCAUCGUAACCUAUUUGCACACAAACUACCUUCAAAAACUCAAACAUCUCGAAAAUAAGAAACAAGAGAAAUUCUUGCAACACAACGAACCCGAUGUCUUACACAAAAUCUGUGGAAUCAUCGAAACUAAUUAUAUGUGCAUUAAUCUACCCAGUGGUCUUGAACUCAGUGGAGUCUUCUAUAUUGCUUGCAUGAUGGAACACACAUGUCAUCCCAAUUGCUAUUUUCAAUUCGACCAUCGAAACGGAUUUAAAAUUUCAGUUGUAGCCGGAAGAGACAUCCGCAAAGGUGAACACCUGCAGAUAAUGUACUCGAAUAUGCUUUGGGGAACACAAAUGCGACAUGAGCAUCUCCAGAUAACCAAGCAUUUCCUGUGUCAAUGUGACCGCUGUCGAGAUCCCACAGAGUUUCAAACGUACUUUAGUGGAAUGAUAUGUGUUGGGGAUGUUGGCAAGGAAUGUGGUGGUAUACAGUUGCCAAAGGAUCCGCUUUCUGCGAAGACAGAUUGGAUGUGUGAUACAUGUCCAAUGGUUAUAAGUGGUGAGGAGGUACGUUUUUUGCUGACACAAAUCAAUGAGGAUGUUGAACGAAUCCUUGCAACAAAACCAACGAUUCUUCAGUUGGAAGCAUUAAUUGAAAAACUCUCGCAAUUCUUACAUCCAAAUCAUUAUCAGAUAUUUGCUCUGAAGCAUUCACUAAUUCAACUCUAUGGAACUCAAUCAGGAUUUUCCUUGCAAGUUCUUACUGAAGAAAUUCUCGAGAAGAAAAUGAAAAUGUGCAAUGAAUUGCUGGCUAUUUGUGACAAAUUAGAUCCAUUUACAAUAAGAUUGUCAAUUUACGUUGGAAUUAUAUUGUUAGAAAUGCAUAGUGUUCUUAAAGAAGAAGCUAGACGACUUCUUGAGAAUACACCCACGGGUGGGAAGCAAGCUUUAGAUAAGUUGAAUCUAGCUCGUGAUUAUCUUAAACGAGCUAUCAGGGUUCUUAAAAAGGAAUUGGACAGUGUUGUUGGGAAGAAAUUGAAUGAUACUGUUGAGAAGGCUAUUCAAGAAUUAGAUUAUUUGAUUGUUAGCUAUUUGACACGAAGUAAGUUUGAAAAAGUGAAAAUAAAUUGAGGUUUGAAUCAAUAUCUUGUUUUUGUUUGAAGUAUCAAGAUGAAGAGAAAAUAAUGGUGCAAAAUUUUAAACGAUUAAGUAAAUUGCUAAAGUCAUUUUAGUAAGUUACUAAACCAAAAAGUUGACGGAUUUUGAACUACGCAACU